AUGGCCCUAUUGUUCGACUUGCUCCCAAUGAGCUCUCUAUCAACUGCGUUGAUGGUGGCAUCCGCACAGUGUAUGCAGGCGGCUUUGAAAAACAUGAUUGGUAUCCAAGGGUUUUUGGCUUCUAUGGGAAGCAAGCCUCAUUCACAGCGCAAAAGAAUGAUGUCAAAUAUAUAUUCCAAAUCGUACUUACAAAGCUCUCCACAUCUUGCUCGGAUAUCUCGAAAGCUAUUGUUCAGUCGAUUGUUCCCUAUUCUCGAGAGGCAUGCGGAUGCAGGAGACAGUUUUGACGUCUACGAACUAAAUAACGCCAUCACGAUGGAUUUUGUGACGGCGUAUAUUUUUGGAUUGCCUGCAAGCACGAAUUUUCUAGAGGAUGUUGCAACACGGAAGCAUUGGAUUCACGCUUUUCAGUGCCGCAAGCCAUUCGAGUUUUAUUACCAAGAGGUCCCGAAUUUCAUUGCUUGGGCUAAUUACCUCAACAUCCCUGUUAUCCCAAGGUGGUGUCGGGGCGCCAAUGACUACAUGGAGAGUUGGGGCCUUGAGUUAUGCGACAAUGCUGAUAAGUAUAUGUCGUCGACAGAUAUCGAGCUCGAACCUAUUGUCUACAAGCAACUCAAACUUUCGAUGCUAAAACAACUUCCAGGAAACUGCAAGGAACCCCUGGACGAAGAAACCUCGAAAAUGCUCCGAAUUGAUGUUGCCUGUGAGCUAUACGACCAACUCACUGCCGGCCACGAGACCAGUGCGGUUGCUUUGACCUACCUCUAUUGGCAAUUAUCAAAAUACCCUGAUUUGCAGCAUGAGCUGCGCGAAGAACUCAGGCAGCUUUCACCAAUUAUUCAACCACCACUGAACGACCAAUCCAUCCCGGAUCUUCCCUCACCGAAAAGUGUUGAUGCCUUACCACUAUUGGAUGCUAUUCUCAUGGAAACUCUUAGGCUGCACGCUCCUAUUCCAGGAAUUCAGCCCCGCAUAACUCCUUCUCCAACUUCUAGCCUCGGCGGAUAUGACAAUAUCCCUCCGAACACGAGGGUUAAUGCUCAAGCAUAUUCGCUGCAUCUCAACCCCGAUGUUUUUCCCGAGCCGGAGUCCUGGCUCCCAAAACGUUGGUUGAAGCCAGACGGCUCGCCUGAAUUGGACAAUAUGAAACGGUGGUUUUGGGCUUUUGGGAGUGGUGGGAGAAUGUGUGUUGGAAGUAAUUUGGCGUUACAAGAAAUGAAAUAUGUCAUUGCAACUAUAUAUUCUAAUUAUACUACUACUAUCGUUGACGAUGAGGGAAUCGAAGCGAUCGACGCAUAUACAGUUCACCCAAAGAGCAAUAAGUUGAUCUUAAAACUCCAGCGUGCUUAA